ACCCAACCUUUUUAGGUUUAAUCUGUGUAUAUUUGAAUGAUUUCCACUUAGCAAGACAAGUGUUGGGGACCCAUCUCAUACCAAAAUGUUUUCUUUCUUGCACUCCAUCAAGAUUCCUUCUUACAACAGUUUAUUACUUACUGCACUUCUUAAAUAUACCCUUUACAUUACAUCUCUAACUUAUUUAUUCCUAUUCAAAAUGAGAUAAUUACAACCUCAUUUUUCAAGAGAAUUAACAACAAUUAUGUUAUGAAAUGGUGGUGGUUUAGUGUAUAGAGAGAGAGAGAGAUAUUAUUAGUCAAACCUAAUGGAAACUAGAGAGAGAAACUCAAUAAACUAUAAUAACAACAACCCUCCUCAAUCCAACCAAGAUUCAUCUCCUAGAUUAACCACUUCAAACACAAGAAGAUAUGCCACCCUUAAUCACCUUCAUCAAACACAACCACUUCAAACAACCGUGGCGGCGGUCUGGUAUCGCGAAUGCCUAAAGAACCAUGCUGCCAACAUGGGGGCUCAUGUUCUGGAUGGGUGUGGAGAGUUCAUGCCCGGUGGAGCGGACGACACUCCACAAGCGUUAAAAUGCGCCGCGUGUGAAUGUCACCGCAGUUUCCACCGCAGAGAAGUGGAAGGAGAAUCACAACCAAUUCAAUAUACACCUCAUCCGGCUGCACCACCACCUCGUGCAGCCGGAGUACAUCUACCUCCAGCGGCACCAUCAACUCAGCCGCAACGGCAUAGGCAUCACCGCCCAAUGCCACCGAUCAUGAUGGCAUUUGGCGGUGCGGCUGCAGAAUCUUCUAGUGAAGAUUUUAACAUGUUUCGGACAUAUGCUGGAGUGCAGGUGGCGUCGAAGAAAAGGUUUCGGACGAAAUUUACUCAAGAACAGAAAGACAAGAUGUUUGAUUUUGCGGAACGAAUUGAGUGGAAGAUCCAGAAGCAAAAUGAACAAGAUGUUAUGAGAUUCUGUAAUGAAGUUGGUUUGAAAAAACAAGUGUUUAAAGUGUGGAUGCAUAACAACAAACAAGCUGCUAAGAAGAAAUGAUUGAUAGAAUUUAUGUAAACUAAGGUUAUUUGUUAAUAUCAUAAACAAGUCCACUUGAAGCUCAAUUUCUUAUUAAAGAUGAAAUGAUGGUUACAACUUCGAAUCUUGUUUGAUUGACAAGUGUAAGUGGAAGUUGGGAGCGAAACCAAGUGUAAAUUAUGAUGAUUACGUGAGUGAAUUUGUUUGUGGUAACGAAAGUGAAAGUUGGGAGUGUCAUUGAUCAACAUAGAUUAUUAUUAUUAUUA